AUGCAAAUAUUCGCUACCACCCUUUUCACCAUCUUCUCCGUCCUCAUCUGCACCGUCAACGGCUCCGAGACGUACUGCCUUAAUCAACAAGAACGAUGCAGCAUAUGGAUGGUAUUCCCAUCAGGCUCACCGGGUCUUAAACCCGGUACCAUGGAAAUACCCAAGGAGCUAACACUCUACGACAAAAAGGGCACCGUACUCGAAACGCAAAUGGAGCAACCUGAGAAGAGAGGCCCCAUUAUGGUUAAAUCUUCUUUGGAGAAACCCUGA